ACUAGUUGGCACAUAAGCAAUUGUUGGCGGAAGUAAAACCUCUCACUUUGCUUAUAAACGAGCUCCAUCAGUACAAGGGGUCCAUUAUUGGGGAAAUCACGUGCUCAUCAGGGGUUUUAAUAUUAAGUCAUUGCACAGCGUUAGUGGGUCGUUAAACGCACCAUGAAGCCGCAGCUGUUUGGGACCAAAGAGCGACCGUGCGUAACAAACAAAACCAGCGCGGACGCUGCGCUGUCCUUUCAAGAGGAGCUUGUAGCUGCCAUACACGGAGCAUUUGAAGUGGCCGUGGAGAUCGCGGUUCGCGAGGUGAAAAAGCUUGUGGCAGGUCAGGUGACGAGCGACAUCUAUGAAGAGAUACGACGAGAAAACGAGUCCCUCAAACAAAGGCUGCAGAGAGCCGAAGCUAAGCUGGACUCUGCGCGCAGAGAGGAGAACUGUGGAAGCCCUCUUACUACAAAUCAGCUCUUCGGUGCCAUAAAAUACACCGAUCAACCGCCACACCCCAACUGCAGUCAAAUAAGCACAAGUGCUGUGGGCAGUGUGCUCAGCCGCACAGAGGUCAGAGGUGACACUACCCCUGCGGGUCACAGCGGAGCGCAUCAGCCUCGUGACACCCAGGAUCUACAUUUGAGAAGACCCGACGAGCGCAGAUCGCGCGAGGAAGAGAGAAUAAAUGACGCAGCUUCAGAUCCAGAAAAUGAGGCGAACGAUGGAUUCACUAGAGAGGUAACUGAAGAGAUUUCUCGCGUUUGUAUGGUGAAGAUCGAACGUAUGAACCCAGUAUGUCCAAACCAAGCAGCUCAAGAUGGCAUCUCACCACCACUUCCCAGCGUUCUUGGCAAAUCCACUCGAGAGCUGGUUACUCGGGUUACUGUAAAGCAGGAGAAGCCAGAAGAGGAAACGCAUGGUUCCUCUUGCUGUUUGGAUUCCUUUAAAGUGGAGGAUUUUAGCCUGGAGAGUAUAUCUGGAGUCCAGUCCAAAAUGUUGGAGGAGUGGAAACCAGAAGUGCAGGAUAUUCAGAGCCAAGAUUCAAACUCUCAGCUGUCCAGCGAUGGGCUCGAUCAGGCAGCUCAUCCUUCAAACCCAGCCUCCACCCUUCAGCCGCCCACAGAUCUUCCAUCCCUCCCUGCAGAGUUCUCCAGUAUCUUCCAGCUGUCCGAACCAGCUCCUGUGUCAGAGGCCGCUCCACAGGUUUACCCAGUCAAUGUUCGAACCAGUCAUAAACUCAACCACCCCGUAGCUACCCUCUAUGCCUGUAAGUCCUGUGGUCAGACUUUCCAUCUGCCCAGCUUGUUGCGCCGACACACUGGCCAGUGCCAGCUAAGGUUCCAGCAACGCUGUCAGCAACCUGUGGCAGGAAGCAAGAGGGCCAGAUUGCAGCUUUACCCACCGGGUUGCAGCCCCUUCCGCUGCACAGUGUGCAACCGAGAGUUCAAUCGCAUGGAGAAUCUAAAGACCCACCUUCGAAUCCAUACAGGAGAGAGGCCAUAUACCUGCUCAGUCUGCUCAAAGUGUUUCCGUCAUUCUGGUGCUUUAACCAGGCACUUCCGCAUCCACACUGGAGAGAAGCCUUACAUCUGUGGACAGUGUGGAAAGUCUUUUAGAAACUGUGGUGGGCUCAAAUUCCACCAGCGCUCUCAUAGCAAGCAGCUACAGUAGUGUGGUUCUUGAGAUUGGAAUUUUGUUAUGCAAUAUGCAUAAAAGUUGAUUUUAUGCAAGGCUUAAUAUGUUUAAAUUUUAUUUUUAUGUUAGCAGCCACCUAUCAGUCCUGCCUCUGCUGAGUAAAAUGUCAAAGAAAGACGUUUAAUAUUUUCCCAUGCACACGUGAUAUACAGGCACAGCACGCUCAGAAGAGUCAUGUCUAAAAACAAGCAACAUUCACAAUACAGGACGCAAAUAUUUACGUUUCUGAGGUGCGCCAU